AGCCAGUUGCAGCAGAACUUCAAACCAAGUCGCGGCCGUUCCGAGGAAGCAGCUCAUUCAGUGCGGUCACACUUCAACCAGAACCGAACCGGAAACCUCAGCGGGCCAACAUGCCGGCCACAGAGAAGGACCUGGCGGAAGACGCCCCGUGGAAGAAGAUCCAGCAGAACACCUUCACCCGCUGGAUCAACGAGCACCUGAAGUGCGUCAACAAGCGGAUCGGGGACCUGCAGUUGGACCUGGGAGACGGCCUGCGGCUCAUCGCCCUGCUGGAGGUCCUGAGUCAGAAGAAAAUGUACAGAAAGUACCACUCCAGGCCCAACUUCAGGCAGAUGAAGCUGGAGAACGUCUCGGUGGCGCUGGAGUUCCUGGAGAAGGAGAACAUCAAGCUGGUCUCCAUCGACUCUAAAGCUAUAGUAGAUGGGAACCUGAAGCUGAUCCUGGGAUUGAUCUGGACCCUGAUCCUGCACUACUCCAUCUCCAUGCCGGUCUGGGAGGGCGAGGACCAAGAGGCAGAGUCAAAGACACCUAAACAGCGUCUGCUUGGCUGGAUUCAACACAAAGUCCCCGAUCUGCCAAUCACCAAUUUCAGCCAAGACUGGAGGGACGGGAAAGCACUGGGAGCUCUGGUGGACAGCUGUGCUCCAGGUCUGUGUCCAGACUGGGAAACUUGGGACUCGGUCAGACCGGUGGACAACGCUUCUGAAGCCAUGCAGCUGGCCGACGACUGGCUGGGCAUCCCUCAGGUGAUUGCUCCAGAGGAGAUCAUCGACCCCAGUGUUGAUGAGCAGUCUGUGAUGACCUACCUGUCUCAGUUCCCCAAAGCCAAAUUAAAGCCUGGAGCUCCACUCAAACCCAAGCUUAACCCUAAGAAGGCCCGUGCAUACGGACCAGGUAUCGAGCCCACAGGGAACAGAGUUCUGCGUCCUGCUGUGUUCACGGUGGACACCUUCAGUGCGGGUCAGGGCCAGGUCAUGGUCUACCUGGACCAUCCAGACGGCACUCGAGAGGAGCUGAAGGUGGAGCCCAACGAUGGCAAGAAGACAUACAGCGUCACCUACAUUCCUCAGGUCAUGGGAGCUCAUAAGGUCACAGUGCUGUUUGCGGGGCAGCAGAUACCUAAAAGUCCAUUUGAGGUGAACGUGGACAAGGCGCUGGGAGACGCCUCCAAAGUGACGGUCAAAGGUCCGGGAAUCGAACCUGUGGGUAACAUCGCCAACAAACCCACCUACUUUGACAUCUACACAGCAGGAGCAGGAAAGGGAGAUGUGACAGCCAUGAUCCGAGACCCACAGGGUCGCCAGAACAGCGUGGAGGUCAUGAUGGAGGACAAGGGUGAUGGCACUUUCCGCUGCACCUACAACCCCCUUCAGGCUGGACCACACACCAUCACCGUGACCUUUGGAGGAGUAGGUGUCCCCAAGAGCCCUUUUGGUGUGGACAUCGGCCCUGCCUGCAUGCCAGGAGCCUGCAGGGCGACGGGUCGGGGUCUGCAGCCUACGGGCAUGAGAGUGAAGCAGGUUGGGGACUUGAAGGUGGAUACGAGGAACGCUGGCAGUGGAGAACUAAAGGUCCUCAUCAAAGAUCCCAGAGGCAUGGAGGAGCCUGUGAAGCAGGUCUCUAGUCAGGACGGCGUGUUCUCCUACGAGUAUUAUCCCAAAAGUCCUGGCAAGUACACCGUCUCCAUCACCUGGGGGGGUCAGCACAUCCCAAAGAGUCCCUUUGAUGUGGCAGUCAGUCCAGAGGCGGGGCCUCAGCAGAUCAGGGCCUGGGGUCCAGGUUUGGAGGGGGGCAUCGUUGGUAAACCUGCAACCUUUGUAGUUGAGUCCAUCGGCACCGAUGUAGGAGUUCUCGGUUUCGCCAUCGAAGGUCCUUCCCAGGCUAAAAUUGAGUGCGAGGACAAAAACGACGGGUCUUGUGAUGUUCGUUACUGGCCAACAGAGGCGGGCGAAUAUGCCGUCCAUGUGACCUGUGAUGAGGAGGACAUCGAACACAGCCCCUUCAUGGCUCACAUUAUCCCUGACAACCACACCAGUCACCCAGAGAAGGUUCAGGCUUACGGGCCUGGGCUCGAGGCAAGCGGCUGCCAGGUUGACCAACUGGCUGAGUUCACAGUGGAGUCUAAAGGAGCUGGGAAAGGUCCUCUGAAGAUCACAGCUCAGGAUGCAGAGGGGCUUCCUGUGGAGGUGAAGGUGAAGAGUAAAGGAGAAGGAUUGUACCAGUGCUCCUACACGCCCAGCUCGUCUCUGAAGCACACAGUGUCCAUCACCUGGGGAGGAGUCAGCAUCCCCAACAGCCCCUUCAGGGUGAACGUGGGGAAGGGAAGUCACCCCAACAAGGUGAAGGUGCUUGGUCCCGGAGUGGAACGAAACGGACUGAAGGCCAACGAGCCAACCCACUUCACAGUGGACUGCUCAGGAGCUGGAGAUGGGGACGUCAGUGUAGGCAUCAAGUGGGAUUCCAACUCAGCGGGCGAACAGGAAGCCGACGUGGACUUUGACAUUAUCCCCAAUGCCAAUGACACAUUCACAGUCAAGUACGUCCCUCCUGCUGCAGGGAGGCUGACGGUUAAAGUCCUUUUCACUGAUCAGGAAGUACCUCAGAGUCCGUUCAUGGUGAAAGUUGAGCCGUCCCAUGACGCAUCGAAGGUCAAGGCCAAAGGUCCAGGACUUGCUCCAAGCGGUGUGGAGAGCGGGAAGCCCACCCAUUUCACGGUGAUGACCAAAGGAGCGGGUAAAGCUCCGCUGGACGUUACCUUCUCCUCCUCAGUCAAAGACUUUGACAUCAUUGACAACUACGACUACUCUCACACCGUCAAGUACACACCUGUGCAGCAGGGGGAGAUGACCAUCGUGGUGACGUUUGGAGGUGACCCCAUUUCCAGCAGCCCCUUCACGGUUGGUGUUGCCGCCCCGCUGAACCUCAGCAAGAUCUCUGUGGACGGCCUUGAUAGCAGGGUGGAGGUGGAUGAAGAGCAGCAGUUCAUGGUGGACACAAAGGGUGCAGGAGGUCAGGGUCAGCUGGAGGUGGAGGUGCUGGGUCCAAGUCAGCAGGCGGUUCCUUGCAAAGCAGAGCCUCAGCCUGGAAAAGCAGAUGUCACUUUGGUCCGCUACACCCCGACAGAGGAGGGGGUCUAUGCUGUCAACGUGACCUACGACGGGCACCCUGUGCCGGGGAGCCCCUUCUCUGUGGAGGCCCAGCUGCCUCCAGACCCCAGCAAGGUGAAGGCGUUUGGACCCGGUCUGAAGGGAGGGCUGGUCGGGGACCCAGCAGAGUUCACCAUCGACACCAAGGGGGCCGGAACCGGAGGUCUGGGCCUGACCGUGGAGGGACCGACUGAGGCGAAGAUCGAGUGUUCUGAUAACGGCGACGGUACCUGCUCUGUCUCCUACCUGCCCACCGAGCCCGGAGACUACUUGGUCAACAUCCUGUUUGAAAAUGUUCACAUCCCCGGCUCGCCGUUCAGAGCCGACAUCCAGAUGCCCUUUGACCCCUCCAAGGUGCUGGCCUCGGGGUCUGGGCUGAAGAAGGCGAAGGUUGGAGAGAUCAGUGUUUUGAAUGUGGACUGUUCUCGAGCCGGGCCGGGCCAGCUUAGUCUUGAAGCUGUGCCGGAUGCCUCCCCGAGCAGCCCAGGAGAUUCUGGUUCAGGGCAGGACAGUAUGGACCCCCUGCAGACCUACCAGCUCCUGGACGUCAAGCUGAACCAGCUGGAAGCGACAUGCAGCAACAAGCUGAAGACCAGGAAUCCAACCUUUGCCCACCGAUCCCUCCAGAACCUCACAUCAUACUCUACAACCUAUAUUUUAGCCAGAAGUAUUGAGACGAUGCAGAAGGCAAACCAGUUGGAGCCUGCAGAGGACUGGGAUGGAGGUCCAGCUUCCAGUCCGUUCCCAGGAAGUCCAUUUAAGGUCCCAGUGAAAGGCGUGGUGGACUCCAGCAAGGUCAAGGUCUCUGGUCCAGGCGUGGCAUCGGGCGUCAGGGCAAACAUCCCACAAUCCUUUACUGUGGACUGCAGUAAGGCAGGCGAGGCCCCUCUGGCGGUGGCCGUCAACGGCCCUAAAGGACUGGCUGAACCAGUGGAGGUGACGGACAAUGGGGACGGGACCCACAGCGUGUCUUACACUCCGUCCAUGGAAGGACCGUACUCCGUCUCCAUUAAAUACGCAGACGAGGACAUUCCCCGCAGCCCCUUUAAGUUCAGAGUGCUGCCCACUCACGAUGCCAGUAAAGUGCGAGCCAGUGGACCCGGGCUCACCAGCGGCGUCCCCGCCAGCUUUCCAGUCCAGUUUAACAUUGACGCCCGAGAUGCCGGUCAGGGCCAGCUAAGCGUGCUCAUCACAGACCAGGAUGGCAAACCCAAGCAGCCAAAUAUCCAUGACAACGGUGACGGUACAUACACGGUAUCCUACAUCCCUGACCGGACGGGGCGCUACACCAUCGUCAUUAAGUACGGUGGAGACGACAUCCCUGCGUCGCCCUACAGAGUCCGCGCCUCGGCGUCCGGAGAUGCGAGCAAGUGCACGGUUACCGGUCCCGGGGUGGGCCCCACCGUGGCCAUUGGCGAGGAGCUCGGCCUGGUAGUCAAUGCAAAGGGUGCUGGGAAAGGAAAGGUGAGCUGUAUGGUGGUUCAGCCCGACGGCAGAGAAGUGGAAGCUGAGGUUCUGGAGAACGAGGACGGCACCUUUGAUAUUUACUACACUGCCCCGGCCCCUGGGAACUACGCCAUCUACGUCCGAUUUGGAGGAGAGAACAUCCCCUGCAGUCCCUUCAAAGUUAUGGCUACUGAUGAAGUCCCUAUCAGGGAACAGCAGAUGGCGAAACAGAGACACGCUGGUCCCCCUAGAGCUGGCUUCCAGCCAUGGGUGACAUCAGAAAACUACCAGCCAGUCAGCAGCAACCUGAAUGGCAGCGGCUUCAGACCAUUUGACAUGAUCAUACCGUUCUCCUUCAGGACAGGAGAAAUCACUGGGGAGGUGUUGAUGCCUUCAGGACAAUCUGCCCAGCCUGUGAUCACAGACAACAUGAAUGGGACGGUGACUGUUCAGUACUCGCCCACUCAGGCCGGCCUGCACGAGAUGCACAUCAAGUACAAUGGCACACAUAUCCCAGAGUCGCCUCUUCAGUUCUUUGUCAACCACACCAGCAGUCCCAAUGUCACAGCCUACGGUCCUGGACUGAGCUACGGCACCGCCAACAAGGUGGCAAUGUUCACCGUUUUCACAGACGAUGCCUCUGAAGGAGGUCUGGACCUAGCUAUUGAGGGUCCGUCCAAAGCGGAGAUUAGCUGCGUGGAUAACAAAGACGGGACAUGCAGCGUCAGCUACCUUCCCACGCUGCCCGGAGAUUACAACAUCCUGGUUAAAUACAACGAUGAUCACAUCGAGGGCAGCCCAUUUACUGCAAGGAUCACCGAGGACAACCAGCGCCGCUCGCAGGUCAAACUGGGCUCAGCAGCAGAUUUCUCUCUGGACAUCAAUGAGAGCGACCUGAGUGUGCUGAGCGCCAGCAUCAGAUCGCCUUCAGGACAGGAUGAGCCCUGCCUGCUAAAGAGGAUGGCAAACAACCACAUUGGCAUCUCCUUCAUCCCUCGGGAGGUGGGUGAGCACCAGGUCAGCAUACUGAAGAAUGGCCACCAUAUCGCCAACAGCCCCAUCACCAUCAUGGUGGUCCAGUCUGAGAUCGGAGACGCAGGACGAGUCAAAGUACACGGAGAUGGUCUGGUGGAGGCCAGCACCUUCACCAAUGCUGACUUUGUGGUCGACACACGGGAGGCGGGUUAUGGUGGUCUGGCUCUGUCCAUUGAAGGUCCUAGCAAGGUGGACAUUCAGACAAAGGACAUGGAGGAUGGGACGUGUGGAGUCACCUACUGCCCCACUGAACCUGGAAACUACAUUGUGUCCAUCCGCUUUGCAGAGGAACACGUUCCAGGAAGUCCGUUCACAGUGAGGGUGACCGGUGAAGGUCGGAUCCGGGAGAGCAUCACCCGUCGCCAGAAGGCGGCAUCUGUUGUCAGCGUCGGCGGUGUGUGUGACCUCAACCUGAAGAUACCCGCCCUGGACACACAGGACAUCACCGCCGAGGUCACCUCACCGUCCGGAACCAGUCAGCCCGCUGAGCUGGUUUCCAUGGGCAACGACACCUACUGCGUGCGGUUUGUGCCCACACAGAUGGGCGUGCACACCGUUGAUGUAAAGUACAGGGGUGUGCACGUACCAGGCAGUCCUUUCCAGUUCACCGUUGGACCACUAGGAGAGGGCGGAGCCAGCAAAGUGCAAGCCGGGGGUACAGGCCUGGAAGGAGCUGUGGCUGGAGAGCCAGCCGAGUUCAGCAUCUGGACGAGGGAGGCCGGAGCCGGUGGUCUGUCCGUCUCCAUGGAGGGACCCAGCAGGGCAGAGAUCUCCUUCGAUGACCGCAAAGAUGGAUCCUGCGGCAUCUCCUACGUAGCUCAGGAGCCUGGUGAUUAUGAGAUCUCAGUGAAGUUUAAUGAGCAGCACAUCCCUGACAGCCCCUACCUGGUUCCUGUUGUGGCUCCGGUGAACGAUGCCCGACGGCUCACUGUUGCCGGCCUUCAGGAGUCCGGUCUAAAGGUCAAUCACCCAGCAUCCUUUGCGGUGCGUCUGAAUGGAGCACAGGGCAAGUUGGAGGCCAAAGUCCACAGUCCUUCUGGAGCUCUGGAGAAGUGUGCGGUCACGGAGCUGGAGAAAGAUAAAUACGCCAUCCGCUUCAUCCCCAGGGAGAACGGCGUCCAUACCAUUGAUGUUAAGUUUAACGGCUCUCACAUUCCGGGAAGUCCUUUCCAGGUCCGUGUUGGAGAACCAGGACAAAUUGGAGAAGCUGGUCUAGUCUCAGCUUAUGGAUCUGGUUUGGAGAGAGGCACCACAGGAACCCAGUCAGAGUUCAUCAUUAACAACACUAAAGCUGGUCCUGGAGCUUUAACAGUGACCAUUGAGGGUCCCUCCAAAGUGAAGAUGGACUGUCAGGAGAUCCCAGAGGGUUACAAAGUUCACUACACUCCCAUGGCCCCGGGCAGCUACGUGAUCAGCAUUAAAUACGGAGGACCCAACCACAUCACUGGGAGUCCCUUUAAGGCCCGAGUCACAGGUGCUCGGCUGGUGAAUGCGACCAACUCCGAGACGUCAACCCUAAUGCUGGAUCCAACUGUACGAUCAUCCAGCAGCUUCCUUCAGAGCGGCCUGCCCAGACCGGGAGACUCUGAUGCCAGCAAGGUGCUGAGCCGAGGAUCCGGACUCAGCAAGGCCUUCGUGAGCCAGAGAAGCAACUUCUCUGUGGACUGCAGCAAAGCUGGUAAGAACAUGCUGCUGGUGGGCGUGUAUGGCCCUCAGGUCCCCUGUGAGGAGGUUCUAGUCAAACAUCUGGGAAACCUGCAGUACAACGUCAGCUACGUGCUGAAGGAACAGGGCAACUACAUCCUGGUGGUGAAGUGGGGCGAUGACCACAUCCCUGGGUCUCCAUUCAACGUCACCGUCCCAUGAUGCACCUCAGAGCUGAGCUGGAGAGGAAACAUUGCUGCACUACAUGAAACUGUCAAAUGAAAACCCUGCUGAACAAAAAUGAACUCAGUUUAUUUCUAUCAAAGUGGAGGAGUUUGUGUCUAUAUGGUUAUUUCUGCCAUAAUUGAACUGAUCUCAAUGUAAAAACAAGAAUAAAACAUUCAACACACUCUUAGUUUGGUGAUGCAGCAGGAAGCCUAACAGUAGAUAACGUAACACAUUACUUAUAGCUGCCCUGCAACUCAUGCUUAAUUCUCUUUUGGUCUUUCCAGUUUUUCUAGUCACUACGUUUGUCUGCAUGAAUGCAAAAAUCUUAAACUGGAUCGGGGCUUUAGAGCUAGACUAAAAAAAGCACUUUCCUUUAUAUGCGUCAGGUUUGAACCAUUGUUCAGUUCAGACACCCGACAGUAAAAACAAAUCUGUGCCAAACGAUCCCCAUGUCUGCUAGGAAAAAAUGGACUUCCUUCUUUCAUUUGUGGAACUACUGAUUAUUUUUCACUCCCAGAAUUCAUCUCUUCUCCAAUGCUGCCUUAAAAACUACUGUUCCCUGCAACCAAACCAGACUUCUCAGAGUUUUCUGAGGGUUAGACAUGAGCCAGUGGUUCUGAUCCAUUUCUUAUCCACCAGGACAGAAAAGACGAGGUUCAGGUACUCAUCAGUGUCCAUAACGUUGUUUGCUUAUCACUGCUACUUUUGAUACUUUAAGAAGGGGGGAGGGGAUCAACUCUGAUCUGAUAUGCUGCAUGUCUGAUAAUUCUAAUAAACUGGAAUCCUAAAAACUGACUCGGAU